GUGGGCAGCUACUGCGCCGUCCACUUCUGCGAGAGCUGUCGCGACUGGUUCGCGGCGAGCCUUCCGAACGUCUCUUUCGAGGACGCGGCGAGGGAGAGGCAGGGCGGCGAACCCGAGGCCGCGGAGAUCUCCGACGCCCUCGAGGGCGACGCGGACGUGGUCGAUGGCGGCGAGGAUGGGGAGACGUUAAACGUGGCCGCUUAUCAGCGCGAGGAGAUUGGCUUUUGGAUUCAAGACGAGUUCGACCUCUUGUCCUACACGGACGUCGCCUCGAUCACGGGCAAGACCCCGGCCCGGAACAAGCUGGAACCAAUCGGACGAAAUGCCCCCGCUGGCAAGGCUGAGACGCGUUACCCUUUUGCCACUCGGAAGUUCCAUCGGCUCUUGGUGUUCACCAAGCAGAGCUCGGCGCUCAGGGCUGACGUCGCGAAGCCUCGCCCCAAUAAGUUCGCCAGCCGGAGGUCUAUGAUCUUGGAGGCGAUGCGCAAGGCCGAUGUAGCAUCGAGUGCUUCCGGAGCGACUGAGAUCGCCCCGUUCGCUGGCGCGGGCAGCGGAGACUCGGUCGAGUUCGUCGGUGGGCAAACGGCUUCCGAGGGCAUCAGCGCGGACUCCCAAGCUGAGCUUCCGAUCGCACUCGCGGAGUGCAAGAACGAUAGCUUAGCGGCCAUGUUUUGGCCCACGCUUACCAAGCCGAGGAAGGUCGAGCACCUGCAGGUCGCAAAGUCUCCAGCAGGCACCGUGCACCAUUGGAUUGAGCGCAGCCCGCUGGAGGAAGUCCAGCUCGGAGACGGCAAGCAGAGGGAGAGGAACCAGCUCGAUAUACUCAAGCGCAAGGUCAGCACAUCCGAGCUCAACCAGAUCGAGAACAAGUGGGAGCUCAUCGAUGCGGCGAAGGACACGUGGACCCACCAUCUGAUGGAAGCCACGCCAGCACGCAUGGACGAGAUCGGCAGAACGAUCCUGAUGUCGGGGUACUCGCUUUGCUGA